GUCCUGUUUUCAUCGAGAGGGAAGAGCGUGGCUUAGACGGUAGCACUACCCGAUUUCAACUUUGAAGACACCAAGUUUCCAAAUUGAAGAGACCAAAAGAAGAGCUUGCUCAAGUUCAAACAUGAGAAAAUGAAAAGGAACAAAUUCAGGAUCUCACUCACUAUAAGGCAUGUGCUUUAGAAUACUAAGAUUGAGGUCUCUUUAUGUCUUGCACAUCAUCUGUGUUAUAAGGAAAUGAAGGAAGGGAGAUAAUGCUCCUAUGGCUCAUUUUGUGGCAGCAUGUGGUUGCUAAUUGUGAUCUGAUUCUUCUAAUUUAUGGGUUAGAUACUUCAACUUCUUAUCUUCCUCCUGCUUGCUAGCUUUGGAUUGAUAUCUUAGGAGAUAGCAGGUUCUGUUUUUUACCUUACUUUAAUGAUGGGGACCUAUUGUUAUAGCCUGCCAUGCAACUUUUACCACCCAAACUACUACUCAAUAACCAAUGAUAUUACCAAAUUUUAUCGUGUUCAGACCAAAGGAAACUCAGUAUUCGUAAAACCGAUUUAUUUUGAUUUCCAUAAACACCAUGUUGGUUCAGUAUUAGUAGGCGUUGGUAUGGAGGAAAUUGUACAAGAAGAGGUUAAAGAAGAAAACCACAGAAGGUUUAGGUGGAUUGAGGUAGGCGAGAAUAUCACAGAAGAACAAAGACAGGCCAUAUCUAAACUUCCUUUCAAGAUGGAAAAUCGAUGUAAAGCCCUGAUGAGACAGAUUAUAUGUUUUUCUGAAGAAAAGGGUAAUAUAUCUGAUCUAUUAGGGGCUUGGGUGAAGAUCAUGAAGCCUACCAGAGCAAACUGGCUUUCAGUUCUGAAAGAGUUGCAAACAAUGGAUCAUCCUCUAUACCUUGAGGUGGCAGAACAUGCACUUCUAGAAGAAUCCUUUGAAGCCGAAGUUCGUGAUUAUACAAAGAUAAUACAUUGUUAUGGCAAGAACAAUCAACUUGAAGAUGCUGAAAACAUUCUCGCAGCAAUGAAGCAGAGGGGGUUCAUCUGUGAUCAAGUAAUUCUGACUACCAUGGUUCACAUAUACAGCAAGGCUGGCCAUCUUGAUCAGGCCAAGGAAUAUUUUGAAGAGAUCAAAUUGCUUGGUGAACCUUUGGAUAAAAGAUCAUAUGGCUCAAUGAUCAUGGCCUACAUCAGAGCCGGAAUGCCCGAACAAGGAGAGAAUCUACUGCAAGAAAUGGAUGCACAGGAAAUAUGUGCAGGAAGUGAGGUUUACAAAGCAUUACUUAGAGCCUACUCUAUGAUUGGUAAUGCUGAAGGUGCCCAAAGGGUGUUUGAUGCAAUUCAGCUGGCUGGUAUCACCCCAGAUGACAAAAUGUGUAGUAUUCUUGUUUAUGCCUAUGGUAUGGAUGGCCAAAGUGAAAAGGCUCGCAUUGCAUUUGAAAAUAUGAGAAGAGCAGGUAUCAAACCUACUGAUAAAUGCAUAGCUUCAUUACUGGUUGCAUAUGAGAAGGAAAACAAGCUAAAUGAAGCAUUAAGUUGUCUAAUAGAUUUGGAGAGAGAUGGCAUUAUGGUUGGGGAAGAAGCUUCUGGAAUGCUUGCUAGGUGGUUCAGAAAACUAGGGGUGGUGGAAGAGGUGGAGCUUGCUUUAAGAGACUUUGCCACCAGUCACCAGAAAAUCUAAUAUUGAGGUUACUGCAUCAUAAUAUAUCUGAAGCUCUUUGUGAGCAAUGUCCUUAAGGAAGCACUACUGUUCUCAGUAGUAUUAUGGAAAAAAAAAUAA